GGGGUGACCAGGCUGCUCCUCACCCACCCACCCACCCAGCUUUGUACUCUGUUUCCUCUCUGCUCUCUCUUCCAGGUGCACCUGUAGCCUCAAGUCAUGUCUUGCAACACCCAGUGCCGUCCCUGCCAGCCCUGUGGCCCCACCCCGCUGGCCAACAGCUGCAAUGAGUGCUGUGUCAGGCAGUGCCAGAACUCCACUGUUGUCAUUGAGCCGCCUGCUGUGGUGGUGACCCUGCCUGGGCCCAUCCUCAGCUCCUACCCACAGAACACCGUGGUGGGAUCCUCCACGUCUGCUGCUGUUGGCAACAUCCUCAGCUCUGAGGGAGUGCCCAUCAACUCUGGGGGCUUUGACCUCUCCUGCAUCACUAGACGCUACGGUGGCAACAGAUGUCGUCCCUGCUAAAGGUGCUGAGAAAGCCUCAACAAGACAUCUUGAGGAGCUCAGAACGCAGUGUUGGGCAGAGGAUCUAGGUUUUGAGUGCUGUUUGCACGAUAGCGAACCAAAUUUGCCUUUCUCUCCCUUUUCAUUGUUUGCAUUGAUUCCUUGGUGCUUCUACGUUCCCCAAAGACCAGCUUGAUAGGGACCCUUUGGUUUCUCCCCUUUGUGGGACAGGUAGACCAAUAUUAUGCAGGAUCUAUUCG